AAGUGAGGGUAAAAGGAAAACAGGUUCCCCUCACAGUUAGCAAGUAUGUCUGAACAGGAGUCGGCAGGUGAAAAGUCAGAGACGAUGCCCCAGCAAGUGACGGACCCUCAGGACCCGCCGGGGGGUGGGGCAGGGCAAGUGGAGGGCGUGGUUGAAGGGGUCAUGGAUCAAACUGUUUUCUACCCUGUGGAUACAGUGCCUCCCGUCAACCUUAUGAUUUUGUUUGGACUACAGCAAGCUUUGAUGACCCUUGGUGGAACUAUGUCACUCCCUUUUAUCUUGGCUUCAUUGUUCUGUCCAGAAAACGAGAACGAAGUGCGCGCGCAGCUUUUCAGUAUCACGAUGUUCAUGUGUGGUGUCGCUACUAUCCUACAGUGUGUCCUUGGUGUGAGGUUGCCGAUCAUCCAAGGCGGAUCUCAUGUUUUUGUGGCCCCGAUAGUUGUGAUGAUGACUUUGGACCGAUUCAAAUGUCCAACAGAGGAAAUGAACGGUUUGCACGGAAACCAUAGUUUAUUCAUUCCCUGGGAGAGGAGGAUGAGAGAGGUCCAGGGUAACCUAAUCCUGGCUUCUAUCACCCAGGUGGUGGUGGGGGGCCUGGGUCUUAUUGGACUGAUCCUGAGGUUUGUCGGACCCCUCACCAUAGCGCCUACUGUGUCACUAAUUGGACUGUCCCUCACACACGUGGUCUCAGAGUUUUGUGAAAAGCAAUGGGGUAUUUCUCUACUAACAGUUGCGUUGUUGCUACUGUUUUCAAAUGUUAUUCACAAGGUGCAACUUCCGGUUCCGGCCUUUUCUUUGAAGAAGAAAUGUCAUUUGACGAAGCUUCCGAUAUUCCAGCUUUUUCCAGUUGUGAUAACGAUUUCCAUCAUGUGGGUUUUCUCUUUUGUUUUGACCGAGUUGGACGUUUUUCCAAACAACAGCACAGAACCUUCUUUCCGUGCAAGAACCGAUUCCAGAGUCGACAUUUUGUACGAUGCUGCUUGGUUCCAGUUACCUCUUCCUCUUCCAUUUGGAAUGCCGACAUUCAGUGCUGCAGGGUACAUGGGUAUGCUUGCUGCCACUGUGGCAUCCAUUUUUGAAUCCGUUGGUGAUUAUUUCACAGCUGCUCGCUUCUCUGAGGCGCCGGUGCCACCCGUCCAUGCAAUCAACAGAGGCAUCUUCAUAGAAGGUUUUGCAAGCAUCAUAUCUGGUCUGAUGGGAGCGGGCCACGCGACCACAUCGUACAGUGGAAACAUCGGGAUCAUUGGAAUAACAAAAAUAGCUAGCAGGGCGGUGUUUGUAACAGCCGGAGCCAUGUUAGUUCUGUGGGGUGUGGUGGGGAAGGUGGGAGCUGUCCUGGCCUUGAUUCCUGACCCUAUCGUUGGAGGAACCCUGCUACUGGGGCUCGGAAUGGUGGCCUCUGUAGGUAUAUCAGUCUUACAGUUCUGUGAGCUCUAUUCCACUCGCAAUAUUACAAUUAUCGGCAUCUCCUUCUUGAUGGGUCUUAUGCUACCAGAAUGGCUGAGUGAAAACGAGGAUUUUGUCAAAACAGGUUCUGCGGACUUGGAUCAGGUGAUCAAGGUGCUAUUCGGAACUGCCUCCUUCACGGGAGGUUUCAUAGGUUUCAUGCUGGAUAACAUUGUUCCUGGCACUGCUUAUGAACGAGGGUUAAAACGUUGGGUGGAGGUAAAGAGUCCCUCCCAGAGAGGGGACGAGGCGACCCUGUACUGUAUCCCCGCCAUCAGGGCCCGCAUGAAAAGGCUGCGCUGCUGCAGUUACUUCCCCCUUUCACCAACCUUUACCCCCGGUAGAGGGAAACGAGGCUUGAAGAACCAUGGUGUUAAAAAUGAAAGCUUUGAUUUAAAGGAAGUGAAAACAGUUUAAGUUACCCCCCUUGAAUUCAUUAAUGGACUUGAAAUAUACUCACAUUUGUUUUACACAGCUAGUAAAACUAUAGUUUCAACAAUAAUUGUUGUUUAUUAAUAUAAAAGUGGGUAUGUCACUACAAUGAAUAAUUAU